AUCAGCUGUGUCCAAUCACAGCUGAUCACUGAUGAUCAGUGUAGCCCCAGCAGUGCCACCAGUCAGUGUCCAUCAGUGCCUCGUGCCAGUGCCCAUCAGUGCCACAUAACAGUGCACACCAGUGCACAUCAAUGCCACAUAUCAGUGCCCAUCUGAGCUGCCUUUCAGUGUCACCCAUCAGUGCCACCUAUCAAUGCCAAUCAAUGCCACCUAUCAGUGCUGCCAAUCAGUGCCAGCCAGUGCCAACUAUCAGUGCCGCCUAUCAAUGCGCAUCAGUGCCCCCU